UGUUCUUAGAGAUGAUUGGCUAUAUUAAUCUAUUGAUGGCAGUGAUCUGCUGCCAUGUAUUUUUCCACUGAGAAAGUACACGUUUAAUGAGUUAAUCAUCAGUGGGCCCCAAUGCCUGAAGGAAUCAUGGAUGUAAAGGAGAUUUGGGAGCCGGUGCCACUGGAACCUUAUGUUCACCAGGUGGGCGGAACCAGCAGUGUGCUGAAGUUUGACGAUACAACUCUAUGUAAACCACUUAUUGCCAGGGAACAUCAUUUCUAUAAGACCAUGCCGAGUGCGAUGAAGGAAUUCACACCAGGGUACAGAGGUGCAAUCGAGGUUGCCUUCCAUGAAGACAGCAAGGGUUACCUGACACUAAUAGGUUACCCACCAGGUUGCCAUGACAAGGUACGGUUAUGGAGAGAAGCACAAGAAUCCUCAGGCUCGUGUGGGGAAGGUGAGGACCAAUCAGAUGAGGAGGAGGAGGAAGAGGAUUCUGAAACGAGGAGACUCCCCAUGCAGCAGUCUAAGGGGAAUGGGAAAGAAGCAUUAAGGGUUCGUAUGAGGAGAACAGGAAGCAUUGACUUUGAAGGCGAUGUGGAAGUAUUGGACAACACAGACCAGUUAGUGGAACACGCAGGGCACAACCCAUGGAGUUUACGCUGUCACAAGCGCACACUAUCCAAGAUGUGGAAGAACAUCAGCCCAUCUGGGACAUUCAAAUUUAUUUUGUUGGAGAACGUGUCCUCAGAGUUCAAAUAUCCCUGUAUACUAGACUUAAAGAUGGGAACACGACAGUAUGGAGAUGAGGAAAACGAAACAAAAAGGAAACGGAAGAUAGACAAAUGUGCAGCCACUACUUCUGCAUCCCUUGCCAUAAGGCUGGCUGGAAUGCAGGUUUACCAGGUCAACUCCCUCAGCUUUGUGUGCAGAAACAAAUACUACGGGCGUGGACUUACAGUGGAGGGAUUCAAAGAGACGCUUUAUCAGUUCCUGCACAACGGGCACAAACUUAGAGUGGACAUUAUUGACCCUAUGAUAGAGAGACUGCUGCAGUUCCAUGAAAUGUUGUCCAAGCAAGACACAUUCCGUUUCUAUUCCAGUUCACUUUUACUGAUGUAUGAUGGGAAAGAGCACACGUCGGAUAUGAAGAAGAACACACCGUGCAAUGUAGAACCACGGAGCAAACAUCCCAGGCCGCCAAAGGUGGAUGUCCGUAUGAUUGACUUUGCACAUACAACGCAUGAAGGAUUUACAGAGGAUAACACAGUCCACAGGGGACCAGAUAAAGGUUAUUUAAAGGGCUUAGAGAAUCUCAUUAAACUCUUUGAAGAAAUCAAGACACAAUACGCGAGGUAGCAUCAUUUACCAAAAGUAAGAAGGACCUUUAAGAUGUAAAUGAUAUCAUGAUGUACUAGGAUUUUGGUGGAACUUAAA